ACUUAUUGUAUAACCACUGACCCAUUUCUAUUCAAUAUGGUGAUCCAUAUCGACGUGAAACAUGUUUUUAAAUAUCCGAUCGAAUCUGUGGCGCACGCCCAUCUUAAUAAGUACAUCAUCGCAAAAGAUAAUUUCGUUGAAAGAAUCGACACUCAUGAGAAGAAAGUUGAUGGACUGGCGGGACUGGUGUAUAGACGGCGGAUAGCAACCUGCACGAAUGUUGUGCCUUAUCUGCUAAGGAAGCUCAAUCUUUUAAAUGAACCAAACAUCCAUCUAGAGGAAGAAUCCUGGUUCUAUCACAGGCGGCGGAGGCUGGAGCUGAAGAGCAGGAGCCUCACCUGGUCUCACUAUGCACUUCUGUCAGAGGAAUCGACGUUUGAACCGUGUGAGACUAAUACUAAAUGGACAGUCCUCAGACAGCACGGUAUGAUCAACAUCCAUGGUAUCGGACCACUAGGCCGACUGAUCGAGAUGUUUGCUGAGGGGUUUCUCCACCAGGGGGUGAAGCGGGGUCUGAACAACAUGGAACAGUUACUUCAUGAUCAUCAUGGUGUCCCUGACUCCAAUGUUCCUUCAGUGAAUAAAGAAGACGGUGAAACUCAUACAACGACAAAUUUUCAUUCUUCUGGAACUUGAUGUAUUUACU